CAAUGCUGCGAGGAAAGUUGGCACCGCAUGCGACCACCAGCUCCGGGUGAUCGUCUGCCUAGCGGAUCCGGUGAAUGCAGGCGAAAGGAUGACAGAACGGCGAUGAUCACGAUGAACAUUCGAUAAGACAGGCGAGCAAGGAAAAUGGUAUUAUCGCUAUCUCGAUGGAUGGAAGACUGUCGUCAAGUUUCCCUCGUCCGGAUCAACCGCAAACUCCGUCCGUCGUAGCGGCAGAAACGGAUUACCAGCGGUAUGAUUGGUCCAGUUGCCACGCCGCCUUCUCCCCGCGAUUUUUGAUCGGAUUCGACUCCAACCGCUAUCGCGACAAGAUCCAUUGACAGGCUGAGAAGCUCUCCUGUGCGAUUUUCUGUCCAAAUCGUGACGCGACAGCCUGUCAGACGGAGCAAGAAAACAAAAAAAGGAAAGAUACUCAGACACCAUGGCGCAGCCCCGCCGCACCGUCUCCAUCUCCCGCUGGACCAACGAGACCAAGAUCCAGGUCUCGCUCUCUCUCGAUGGAGGUGUUCUUCUGCCCUACGAGGAGACGUCCCAUUUCCCAGCUCCAUCUGAUCCUGAAGAAGCCGCGGCUGCAAAGCGCGGAAUUGUCCCGCCUAAAGAUGCCGGCCAUGCUACGCAGUUCACUUCCAGCCAGCAGAUCACGGUCAGCACGGGCAUUGGCUUCCUAGACCACAUGCUGCAUGCGCUGGCCAAACAUUCGGGAUGGAGUUUGGCCAUCCGGGCCAAGGGUGAUCUGUACAUUGAUGACCACCACACCACCGAAGACACCUUCCUCGCUCUUGGUACCGCUUUCACCAAGGCUCUUGGUGCGCGUACUUCCCUUGCUCGUUUCGGCCGCGGUGAUGCUCCCCUGGACGAGGCCCUCUCGUGGGCCGUCAUCGACCUGUCGAAUCGACCCUACGCCGUGAUCAACCUGGGCUUCCGCCGCGAGAAGAUUGGCGCUCUGAGCACGGAGAUGAUCACGCACGGUCUCGAGAGCUUUGCUCAGGCAGCCGGUGUUACUCUUCACGUGGGCUGCUUGUACGGAGAGAAUGACCACCACCGGGCUGAGAGCGCCUUCAAGGCGCUGGCGGUUGCUAUCAGGACCGCAUGUACCCGGAGAGCCGCUGGAGAAGUCGGUGCGGGCGACGUGGUGAGCACGAAGGGAGUAUUGUGAGCUGGUUAAUUUAGUCAGAACGAUUACGCG